UAUAGAAGUAAGCGAAGUCGCUAUUACAAAGGAAAUAAUGUCCGAACUUUGCUUUAAGUAUAAUUACAAAGUAUAAAAUUAGCGAAUAAGUUGUAUAAUCGAAUUAGAUGUGAUAGAAAAACUAUGGAAAUAGAAAAAAACGGUGCAGAAUUUCGCAAUAAAAAGAAAUGUAUGUCAUGGCACAGAAGAUCGAAACUAGAGCGUUGUUUCUUUAUUGUUUGCAUCAUCUUGAUUAUAGUUUUUAUCACUACAAUUGCUCUUAUAACAGGUCUACAUAAUAAAAAUUCAAAUAAUGAAGUUCUUCCGAAAGAAAAAGUUUGUCUGAAUCCAAUCUGUAAGCAAGAAGCUGGAAGAAUUCUUCAAAACAUGGAUACUUCAGUCAAUCCAUGUGAUGAUUUUUACAAGUUUACUUGUGGAUCUUAUCUAAAGUACAGAGAUAUUUAUAGCGAUUGGAUCGAUCCCGAUACAGAAUUAAGAGGACAUAUAAAAUACUUACAAAAAGAAGCUUUGGAAAAACCGGAGGAAUCUACAAAAACUCAUAAUUAUAUAGAGAAAGUGAAAAAGUGCUAUAAGUCAUGUUUAAAGAAACCUACUUCUGUUAAGCAAAUUCUGGAUGAUAUUCUCGAUGCGCUUCAAAUCUCAGGUUGGCCCUUUACUGAAUAUCCUCGCGAUAAACAUUUAUCCAUUAAUAUAGAAAAAAUCCUGGCCAAACAUAUGUUAUAUAAACCGACUGGGAUAUUUUACCAAGCUCUCUCACACAUUCAGAACGAUACGUUGCAGUAUAUAUACAUGAACAUGGGAUAUUCUGCCGUUUAUAGUUAUGCGUUUUUGAAUGAUACAGACGAGUAUUUAGUCCAACUGAAAGAGAAAUAUAAAAGUUUAUUUCGAUAUGUUUUUAUACGUAUUGGAUUAGACCCAACCGACAUUAACGAGAUCAUGAAUGAAAUAAUAGAUUUUGAAACACGUUUAGCAAAAAUGACUGAAAACGUAAGUUAUAAUACGACGAUGGUUACUAUUAGCAAUCUGGAUAGUAUAUGCAAUCAGAUUAAGUGGUCUGAUGUUUUUAAAUUUUUAUUCGAAUAUAUGGAUCAUCUCCAAAAUUACAGUAAUGCCAUUCAGUUAGAAGUUAAUUUGGAAGUAAUGAUGUCAUUAUGUAAAUUAUUUGAAAAUACAAAACCUAGAAUUAUCUACAAUACAGUUAUUUGGAACAUAGUUAUUAAAUAUUUAUAUGAAUUGGAUUUUAUAUUUCGAGAACUUAGUUUUGACGAGAAGCGAGGUAUCGCAAUCAACGUAUUUACGCCAAAAUCUUACGAAAGACAGAAGUGGAGAGAAUGUAUAAAAGACUUCAGAUUGCCAUUUAGGUUCGGAUUGGAAUAUUACAUGUUGGAAUAUACACAGGCCGUAGAAGAAAUAAAAGAAAUAGAAAGUUAUAUGAAAGAAGUAUUGAAGGCAACAGAAGAAAUAAUUUCGGAAAAGAAAUGGAUCGACGAUUAUAGUAAAGAUAUAUUAAUAUCCAAGGUAAAAAAUGUUAAGUAUCGCAUUGGAUAUACGAAUUCUUCUUUAAUUAUACCUAUGCUAACCGAAAUUUUCUCAAAAAUUAAAGUAACAGAUAAUCACGUAAAAAAUAUAAUAGAAACAGAUAAAUAUAUAAACACAGAUAGAUUUUUUGAAAGCACAUUUUCAAAACUUAAUUCUAAACGAGAACGAUUUGAUACGUUUAAUGUGAAUGCCUAUUAUUCUGAUGAAAAUUCAGGACUUAUCACUAUACCAUUAGGAAUAAUGCAGCCACCAUAUUUUGCAUACCGUGCCCCGAGAUAUCUAAAUUAUGGCGGAAUUGGUAGUACGAUUGGCCACGAGAUUUCCCACGGCUUCAGUGAAUUGGAACGGGUGAAAGUAAAGUCAGGAGGAAACGAAAAAGUAGUAGAUUGGCCGGAUAAAUUUUUGAAGGAAUUCGAAGAAAGAAAAAAUUGUUUAAUAAAGCAAUAUUCGAAACUUCCAUUAGAAGGAAAUAUCACUAUAGAGGGAAGGCGUACAAUCGACGACGAUUUUUCGGAUAACAGUGGUACGGUUAUAGCUUAUCGAGCUUAUAAGAGAUAUCUUCAGCAACAUGGUAAAGAACCAAAUCUUCCAGGUCUCGAUUACACGAAUGAACAAAUGUUUUUUAUAGGAUUUGCUCAGGAAAAAUGUGAAAAAGUGCAAUCCCUGUUCGAGGUUUAUGGCAGGGAGAUGCACAGUCCUAAUAAAUAUAGAACCUUGGUUCCUUUAAUGAAUUUCAAAGAAUUUUCGAAAGUCUUCAAUUGCCCUUCAAAUAGCUACAUGAAUCCCGAACAAAAAUGUGAGGUGUGGGACUAACACAAAGCGCGUAAUUCUGCUUGUGAAAUAUUUGUAUUUUUUAAUAAAUUCAUUUUGAAUUU